AUGGAUAUUCUGGUUACUGAUAAUGACAGUGAAGUGACAGAGUUCAUCCUGGUGGGUUUAUCCAAUCAUCCAAAAUCCCAGAUUGCCUUAUACUGCACCCUGGUAAUGGUCUACCUGAUCUCAAUGUUGGGAAACAGUCUCAUUAUUGUUGUGGUUAGAUUUGAUGGGAGACUUCACACCCCUAUGUAUUUUUUCCUAAGUAACCUAUCCUUCCUCGAUAUCUGCUACUCCAGCAAUUCAAUACCUUUUUUGUUGUUCAAUGGCCUGAGAGACUACCCCACCAUCUCCUAUACCAGCUGUUAUGCCCAGAUGGCCAUUGCUCUCUUUCUGGGGAUGACUGAGUGUGUCCUCCUUGCUCUCAUGGCUUAUGACAGGUUUGUUGCAAUCCCCAACCCCCUGUGCUACACCAUCAUUAUGAACAACCAGGUCUGCAUACAGUUGGCCAUGGUGACCUGGGCCAGUGUCUUCCUUUUGACAAUAAUACCAGUCAUUGCAUUUCCCGCUCAUUUUUGUGGACAUGAUAUCAUCGACCAUUUUAUCUGUGAGUUUCAGGCCCUGUUGAAACUUGUCUGCUCAGACACCCCAGUCAGACUUAUUCUGGGUCUGGUCAUCAGCAUAUUCACACUGCCCGUGCCCUUCACCUUCAUCCUCAUCUUCUACACUCGCAUUGUGGUUGCUGUGCUGAGAAUACGCUCUGCAGAGGCCAGGCUCAAAGCUUUUUCUACGUGCGGAUCCCAUCUGACUGUAGUCACCAUAUUUUAUGGGACGGCCAUCUACAUGUACUUGAAACCUCAGUCAAAGGAGUCCCCGGAAGAGGACAAAGUCUUCUCAAUAUUUUAUGGUGUUGUGACCCCUAUGUUGAAUCCCCUUAUAUACACCUUGAGGAACAAGGAUGUAAAAAAUGCCAUAAGAAAAAUAAUUGGAAAGAAAGAGUACUAA